AUGAAACACUCUUCAGUCUCUGCAUUGUGGGCCAAGAGUGAUCUGACGUCAAGCGCGAAUGUCACGGUGACGACUUCGCUGCACGCGACGCUUCUGCUCUCCAACCUUGGUGUUGGGCUGCCGAUGAAGCGGUUCUUCGCCAGGAAGGCUACUUUGUCUACGCCGGCUCCUUCUCCGACCCCAUCAAAUAUCAGUACGACAAGUACAACUGCCCCGCAUUCUACUGGCCUCCAACCGAAAUAUGUCAUCCCGGCAGUCCCCCACCCAUGCCCUCACGACCACAUUGCAUUAUUACCCAUUUCUAAUGGCCUGCUUAUUCGCCCACACAUCCCGAGCGCCAGCGCGGAAGAUUCCGGCCCCACUACCCAUCUCCGGCUGUCCUGGGGCAAGACGACCCAGGUAGAAGAGCUAUCCGGUAAUGGGGAGUCCGAGGAGGCCGACUGGGCCACCAGCGUCGUUGUCUACGGAAUUGUCGGGCUUCUCGAGCUGCUUACUUCGUCGUACUUGCUGGUUGUGACCUCCCGAACGGAGGUUGGAAAUCUGCUGGAUGAGGUGCAUGCGGUAUACGGCGUCAGCGGCGUUACGGCGAUCCCGCUUUGGGAGCAGCGGGCGAGGAUCACAUUGAAUACCCUUGCUUCCAGACAUACCCAUAUUUCACGGCCUUCCCUCAUUGUGCAAAGUCGGACGCUGGACUCUGUGCCUAAUAUUCACGAAACCACAACCGAUGCUGCCGCCGAUCCUCCUCGUUCUUCACCCAGGGUCCAGUUCGCAGACAACGACCAGGUUAAAGUGGUUACCCCGCUUACGGCGACUACAUUUAGUCUCAACACCGAUGAGCACGCGUCGGCUCCUGCAUCUCCCUUUUCGUCUUCGUCUGACCUGUCAUUACCUGAGGAUGAACAGUCCGCAGCAACCUCCCCUGUGGCCAAGACGCUUGUUUCGCGACUGUCAUUUUGGACCCGGCUUUCGAAACGGACUUCGUUACCGCCAACGCCUGCAGCGAGCGAACCAGAUCCGGCUAUGGUUCCACCUUCCGAAUCUCUUGAUGAUAUGAUCAAAGAGCAGGAACCUGCGGUUGUUAUCAGCAAUCUUAUCGAAACGCUGGCCCCACCACCAGCGACUCCGGAAGAACAACACUCGCAGUUGGAGGACAAGAUCAUCAGGGAAUGCAUCAGGGAGUAUACCAAGGGCGGGAUGUAUUUCGCAUAUACGUUUGAUAUUACCCGCUCUCUUCAACACAAGCAGGAACAAGUCGCUAAAUCACAAAAGCAGCAUGCGCUGCUUGCUGAUUUAAACGUGUUGUCGGCAUUCGACACCAAGGAGCCCAAAACCGACCCGCUGGUAGAACCGCAGCCCACGCUCCCGCUCUGGCGGCGCGUUGAUCGCCAGUUCUGGUGGAACGAAUGGAUGUCCAAGCCCUUUGUUGAUGCUGGACUACAUCCUUAUGUGCUGCCCAUCAUGCAGGGUUACUACCAGAUCUCCAAGUUCGUCAUCCCGCCCGACCCGCUCACACAUGAAGAAGACGCUGCGGUGGACUACAUAAUUGUUUCGCGGCGGUCCCGAGACCGGGCGGGUUUAAGAUACCAACGUCGCGGAAUCGAUGAUGAGGCACAUGUUGCCAACUUUGUCGAGACGGAGACGAUCAUGCGGGUGGAGAGAGAAGGCCGCGCGAACAUCUUCAGUUAUGUGCAGCUGCGGGGAUCUAUACCUCUCUACUGGACACAAACUGGAUAUGGAUUGAAGCCUCCGCCUCUCCUCGACAACGAGCGGACACACGACCAGCAUCUGGACGCGAUACGGAGGCACUUCCAGCGCACUGUACCCAAAUACGGGCCACAUAUCGCUAUUAACCUCGCAGAGCAGCACGGGAAAGAGGCUGCGAUUACACAAGGGUAUCGCGAAUAUGCGACCGAGCUUGCGGACAAGAAUGUCACGUACCACGAAUACGACUUCCACACGGAGACCAAGGGGAUGAAGUACGAGAACAUCUCGAAGCUGAUCGACGCGAUGGACCGCAACUUUGACCACCAGGGCUAUCUGUGGAUUUCGGGGGACCUCACGAUGUCGACGCAAAAGGGCGUUUUCAGGGUGAACUGCAUCGACUGUCUGGACCGCACCAAUGUUGUUCAGUCUGCGUUUGCGCGUUAUGUGCUGAACAACCAGCUGGGUGCUGUUGCACUGCUUAACCCUGCAUUGGAAGGGAGGUCGGAGACGGAUAAUGUGUUCAAUGAUGUGUGGGCCAACAACGGAGAUGCGAUUAGUCGCGCUUAUGCGGGGACAUCUGCGUUAAAGGGGGACUUCACAAGAACCGGGAAGCGCGAUCUGGGCGGAUUGCUCAACGAUGGUGUCAACUCGCUGGCCAGAAUGUAUACCUCGACGUUCAGCGACUGGUUCUCGCAGGCGGUGAUCGACUUUAUGCUGGGGAACCGCACUGUGUCUGUGUUCUCCGAGUUCCUGCUGAAGCUGCAGUCGUCGGACCCACGUGACCUGAUCCGACUGUCGAAGAUACGGGCGGAGGCGAUCUCGACGUCGGUGGCGCGGGUGCUGGGCGAGGGCGAGCGGCUGUUGUCGGGCUGGACACUGUUUGCGCCGGAGGAGCUGAAUGUGAAGAUCGGGGACAAGUUUGAAGAGAAGGUGUUGCUGCUGACAGCGACUGCGUUAUAUAUUAUCAGCUACGACUAUACCCUCGAGAAGGUCAAGAUGUAUACCCGUGUGCCGCUUGGGGACAUUACCCGGAUAUCCAAAGGAGCGUAUAUAUUGUCGCCGCUGGAGGAAGCGAGCCGGGAUGCUGCGCAGAAUGCGGGAUUUGUGGUCACGUGGGCAAGCGCGAACCAGACGACGCGGAUCACGAGCUACUCGGUGCGGAACAGCAUCGAGACGGUUUCGUCCAACCGGGUGACGAUCAAGAGUCUGUCUGCCGCAGCGACGAGUAGUCUGGGGAGGCUGCCCGCCACGCUUGGGCGGAGUGCGACCAACUCGGUGACGGCGCGAUUGCAGAGCCUUGCGCUAAAUGGGGGCGACCCGGGAAAUGCGCGGACGGCGUAUGCGGCGUUCAAGGUGCUCCCGAUUGACCCGGCCCGGACGAGGCGGGCGAGCAGCUCGGCGGGCGGCUAUGUGGACUCGGCGGAAGAGUUGAGCGGCGCGGGGAGCUGCAGGGAGGCAGCGGAUUUAAUCGUGGAUGCGAUUAGGCGGGCGUGUGAGGAUUUGGGGAAUGAUGGACGACCUGGGCACGCUGGAGGGUUGGUGGACGAGGAGGACGUUGUCGGGUUGGCGGAGGCACAGCGGAUGACGAGCAUGUACUCGAAGCUGGAGUAUGGGAUGAAGCGGCUGCUGUGGUUGGGUGGCUAG